AAGACAAUUCCCAUUGUUUAUCUUCUCACAUCAGAAACAAAGGCUGCCGGAGGCAAUAAACAGAGUUAGAAGGAUCCCAGGAAUUAUCAGAUAUUCGAGGAAUGAGUGUGCCUCGUAUGUCUUCACGUGUGUGGGCUCGGCAUGCUCGGCGUUAUCCCAGGGCGCUGCCAGCUUGUGCCCAGCACACGGGACGGAUCCAGCCUCGCCAGGCACAUAGUUCUGCACAGAGGUACCUGGCAAAGCUGUCUUCAGUGGGGAGCAUCUCCGAGGAGGAGACCUGUGAGAAGCUGAAGGGCUUGAUCCAGCGCCAGGUGCAGAUGUGCAAGAGGAACCUGGAGGUGAUGGACUCAGUGAGGCGUGGAGCCCAGCUGGCCAUCGAGGAGUGCCAGUACCAGUUCCGCAACCGCCGCUGGAACUGCUCCACGCUGGACACCCUGCCUGUCUUUGGCAAGGUGGUGACACAAGGGACACGGGAGGCAGCGUUCGUCUAUGCCAUCUCUUCGGCAGGGGUGGCCUUCGCCGUGACCCGCGCCUGCAGCAGCGGCGAGCUGGACAAGUGUGGGUGUGACCGCACGGUGCAGGGGGGCAGCCCGCAGGGCUUCCAGUGGUCGGGCUGCUCCGACAACAUCGCCUACGGCGUGGCCUUCUCGCAGUCCUUCGUCGACAUCCGCGAGAGGAGCAAAGGGGCCUCUUCCAACAGAGCAUUAAUGAACCUCCACAACAACGAGGCAGGGAGGAAGGCCAUCCUGAACAACAUGCGGGUGGAGUGUAAGUGUCACGGUGUGUCAGGCUCCUGCGAGUUCAAGACGUGCUGGAAAGCCAUGCCCCCCUUCCGCAAAGUGGGCAACGUCCUGAAGGAGAAAUUCGACGGUGCCACCGAGGUCGAACAGAGCGAGAUUGGAUCCACCAAAGUGCUGGUGCCCAAAAACUCCCAGUUCAAGCCACACACAGACGAGGACCUCGUCUAUCUAGACUCCAGUCCUGACUUCUGUGACCACGACCUCAAGAAUGGGGUCCUGGGCACCAGUGGGCGGCAGUGCAACAAGACCUCCAAGGCCAUCGACGGCUGCGAGCUGAUGUGCUGCGGCCGUGGCUUUCACACGGACGAAGUGGAGGUUGUGGAAAGGUGCAGCUGCAAAUUCCACUGGUGCUGCUCCGUCAAGUGCAAGCCCUGCCAUCGGGUGGUGGAGAUCCACACGUGCCGGUGAUGCACGCGGGGAGAGCACCCACCUGUACCCUCUUUAACUGACCCUGCUUCUCCCUUGCCCCACAGCCAGGACUGAGGAAGUGACCCAGAUGCUGCAGGGAGAGCACAGCUCUUUACAGAGACAGAACCACAGAGAAAAACAGAUUUUAAAGAAAAAAAUAUUUAAAGUUUAA